UUUGUGUCAAUAAGAUGUCUAAAAUUAUAGCUGUAUUUGGUGCAACAGGAAACCAAGGAGGUUCAGUGCUUCGUUCAUUAGUAGAAAGUGAUUGUUAUCAUUUAAAAGCAGUAACUAGAAAUAUUAAGUCACAAAAAGCGAAAGAACUUUCUGGUCUUAAAAAUGUCACAUUAGCAGAAGCUGAUUUAGACAAUAAAGAAAGUGUUGAUUCUGUUUUGAAAGGUUGCUAUGGUGCUUUUCUUGUCACUGAUUUUACUUCUCAUUUUGUAAAAAACAAAGAGAUUGAGCAGGGUGUUAACUUCAUUGAUAAAGCUAUAGCAAACAAUGUUAAACAUAUAGUUUUUAGUGGUUUGGAAAAUGUUGAGUCUCAAAUCAAUGAACCUUGUUUACAUUGUGACUACAAAGCAGCCAUUGAAGACUAUGGUAUGAAACAUAAAGAUAAAAUUAACUUUACUUCAGUUCGAAUGCCUAUGUUCUAUCAAGAAGUUGUUGGAAGUGUAUUUAAUAAGGCAUUUGGAAAUAGAUUUUUACUAAAUAUACCAAUGGACAGAGAAAAAAAGAUUUAUCUGAUGAAUGUUGAUGAUUUAGGUAAUUGUGUUGCAAGUGUUUUUGAUGAUCCUGAACAGUACAAAUCACAAAUCAUUGGACUUUGUGGAGAUUACAUGAAAAUCCAAGAUUUAUUACUACUAUUGAAUCAGGAGUUGUCACCCCUCAAAGUUUAUUUUCCAGGUGGUUCGUUUAACAGAUUUCUCUUUAAAAAUGUAUUAAAUUUUCCCGGUGUUAAUGAUGUUCGAGUAAUGUUUGAUUAUUUCAAUCAUCAGAUCAUGAAGCGUGAUGCUGAUAUAACAAAAAAGCUCAAUCCUGAUGUUGUUAAUUUUGCUACUUGGCUCAAAAAGAAUCGUACUCAAAUCAUUUCUAACAAAACUGCAUAAUUUAAAUAUAUAUGUAUAUAU